ACAUGAUAAUCCGACUUGAGCCAACACAGGAUCCGUUGUGUACAUAAGGUGACGUGGAACAGGCAAGUGAUAAUGAGAAUUUAGUGCACCGUAGUUGAAAUUAACACCAUUAGCUAGCUAGUUUAUUCAGACAUCCAACGCAGUACACGUUUAAAAAAAAAAAAAUGUUAACUAUGUGCUGCUGUUGUUAGGUGAGUUGAUAUUGAGAUAUAAAGCGAGAAAACAGUGCUAGCUCGACAGCUGUCAGGCUAGCGAGGUGGUCGUGUCAGCAUUGCUAACAUAGCUGACUGGCUCGCAUUGCGGAUACAACACAACAGAACCUCCUGCGACAAACAGGUCUUGCAUGAGGUGGUCAUCUUUCCAGAGUUACCAUGGCGAGUCCAGAUGAUCUUAAGUUCCAAGAGUUUGAGGAGGCCACUGACCUAUUGUUAGCAGACCCUGGGGCCUCCACCCUCAGUAUGUCUGGCUCCAGCAGUAUGGCCCUGGCCGGUGCCACUGGGGACAUCAAACUGGACAUGUCCGAUGAUGAGGGACAGGAGGAGAGUUCAGAGCUCCUAAGAGGGGAGAAACAAACUAGCGGUUUCUGGACCUUUGAGUACUACCAGUCGUUCUUCAAUGUGGAUACAAUGCAGGUGCUGGACAGGGUCAAGGGGUCGGUGAUGCAUUUACCAGGACGGAACUUCAUCAAACACACCCUCCAGUCGAGUCCAGAUUUGUAUGGUCCCUUCUGGAUCUGCGUGACGCUGGUGUUCUCUCUGGCCAUCAGUGGAAACCUGUCCACCUUCCUGAACUCUCUGGGGAGCCCCCAUUACCACUACAGACCCCAGUUCCACAGAGUGACAAUAGCUGCUGUAGUGAUCUUCCUGUAUGCCUGGCUGGUGCCCCUGGGUGUAUGGGGUUUCCUGACCUGGAGGCAGAGGGAGGAGAGGCAGCAGAGUGGUUACUCCUUCCUGGAGACAGUGUGUGUCUACGGCUACUCCCUCUUCAUCUACAUCCCCACCUCAGUGUUGUGGAUCUUACCAUUCGAAUGGCUCCGAUGGCUCCUCAUCCUGGUCGCCAUGGUGAUCUCUGGGUCGGUCCUGGUGCUCACCUUCUGGCCUGUCGUCCGUGAUGACACCAAGGUGACUGCUUUUGCCACCGUGGCAACAAUCGUUGUUCUCCAUGCACUGCUAUCAAUUGGCUGCAAGAUGUAUUUCUUCCAGACAGCGACUCACACACCAGUUCCUACACUCGCACCCAACCACACAGCAGCAGUAUUGACCAACAAGACCCACUGACCAAGAGGAACCAGAGGGAGGGAGAUGUGUCAAUGUUUGAGACCACUGGGGAAUCUGAAAGGACUAGAUAAAAUGUUUAGGCUUUUGUUACCUACUCUGUGAGCAUUGGAAGAGUAGCUAGCUGGCUUAACCACCAAACGGAUGAUAGCGAUUUCGCCAUUGACUAACUACAUUGUCGUGUGAGGACUGAGUCGAGAGGGAACGUUGGAUGAAAUCAGUUUGACACCUGUGUGGAUGUUUUUAGCCCAGUGGGUCACACAUUAUCCAGUCCUUUCAGAUCAGAGAAGGGGACGUAGCGCCUGUAUACUCCGAUGCUCUAGCCAAUAAUAAGGAUACAGAGGACUGACAAGUGGUCAGAAAGGUACCCAUAACGUUGUGUUGGAGGUUCUGGAUGUGUGAGCCCUACUCUAUUAUGGACUUCAGCAGCCCAUUAAAGUACUGUGUAAUUGACUACAUAUGUUACAAAGAGAAGGGGCAAGGAUAGAGGUCUAUGAGUAAACAAAUUAUGGGAUGAGGAUUGCAUUGGGGGGAAAUGUCUUGCUUAUGCUGCAGAAAUUAUUCCGCUAGCCUCCCGGGUGGCGCAGUGGGUAAGGGCGCUGUAUUGCAGCGCCAGCUGUGCCAUCAGACUCUGGGUUCAGGAGGUCCGUGGGGCGACGCACAAUUGGCCUAGCGUCGUCCGGGUUAGGGGGGGGGCUUGGCCGGUAGGCAUGUCCUUGUCUCAUCGCGCACCAGCGACUCCUGUGGCGGGCCGGGCGCAGUGCGUGCUAACCAAGGUUACCAGGGGCACGGUGUUUCCUCCGACACAUUGCUGUGGCUGGCUUCCGGGUUGGAUGCGCGCGUUGUGUAUCGGAGGACGCAUGACUUUCAACCUUCGUCUCUCCCGAGCCCAUACGGGAGUUGUAGCGAUGAGACAAAAUAGUAGCUACUAAAACAAUUGGAUACCACGAAAUUGGGGAGAGAAAGGGAUAAAGAAAUGAUUCCACUGUAAAUUCUGCACUUGUAUAUUGUAAUAAAUCAAUAUUUAUCAUGGAGAAGUUGGGUGCACCUCAACAGUCAGACUUCCUCUUAUCUGCACUAAAAAACGUAAGAAAGGAGGAAGCAUAUCUGCUCUAACCAUGAAGAACUAUGAGGUUUAUAGCUAGCCAUAGACUGAAGUAGGGUGUUGAUGACACAUGAAACAUUUCUCCUGAGGCUCAUACAGCUGAGACAUUCCCAUUUAGAUUAUGACUAGGGCCUGGUUCAAACAUUUUUGUCAGUGCAGAUGGAGACCAAGGAUGGAGGAGACCAAGGAAAGGAAUUCUUUAGACUUGAAAUCCUCAGCUGCAGUCUGAUCUUCAGAUGAGGGAAAUGCUGUAUGAAUGUUUAAUGUAAUACAGGGGUGGCCAACCUUAUCCAUAAAGGUGCAUGCUUUUGUUCCAGCCAAGCAAAAACGCCUGAUUCUACCAUCAGACGAGUUGGAUCAACAUGUAUGUUACAGCUUGGCUGGAACCAAGGCCUACUACACCCACGCCAGCCCUCUGAGAUUGAAAUGGGUUGUCCUAGAACUCAAACCACUCCUAUGACUUGGAACGUGUAGUACUGUGCUGACUAAUGUAUCCACACAACUUUUUCUUUUUGUAGAUACUUGUAAAUUAAAGGGUUUGUCAGUGUAUUUAAUUAUUCUUUCCUCUUUGUUCAGACUUCUGAGUUUGUGUGAAUAAACUGUCAUUCCAGUCAA